AUGGCUACAAAAACAGCCGAUAACACUGCAGAGGGCUCGAAGACGUCUGUGGUCACUGUCACCAGAAUUGUCGAAAGUUGCAAUUUGCAACGUGCGAAGGAAACCUUGGGUUUACGACGUCAGGGGCAUAUGCAGCCUGCUGUCCGACUUCAACGUCUGCAAGCUGUCUCUACGCGACAGAGUGUGCAACUAAUGGAGACACAGUUUUCAAUUGAUCGCGUAUGCCAACCCAUCACAAUUAAGAAAGGUUCUACAGCCACCAAUGACUGGAACGUCACUGGAUACUGGUGCCUGCAGUCCAGUGCUCCGAAUAUCCUUUACCGAACCCUCGUCGGAACAAUGGUGCAAGACGCAACCCCCCUGGAAACCAUCGUUUUGAGCGCCCCAACCCGCACAGUCCACAACACAACCACAGGUACGACCUCGGGCAUAGAACCAAGUUAUACCUCAACGAGCUUUUCUCCCACCAUAACUUCCGCGAUAACUUCCGCCGUAACUUCCGCUGAAGGGACUACAGGAGGGUCCCCAGGAAGCCACAGCAACACUGGAGCGAUAGCGGGAGGAGUGGUGGGCGGCGUUGUCGGUGCAGCAUUUCUUGUUGCGGCCGGAUUGUUUGUUAUGAAAAGACGCAAGAAGAAGGAAGCUGAGAUGCGGGAGAUUGGAACCGAAUACCGAGAGCUGGGCAAUAGGUGA